ACAGUUGCAGUUCAAACGUAGAUCGCGUCGGAUGUGGAUCGCUCCGUGUUUUUUGGUUCUUCAGGGGGAAGUCUUGUGCCAAGCCAAAAGGCAGGGAAAUAAAUCUUGUACGUGAUCCAAAAAUAACGCCAGAAAAUAUCUGCAAAAGGGGGACAAAAACAGAGCGCGUGCCAAGUGCUCGAGUGAAAAUGUUUACGCACAGAAGAAGGCUCCAGAGUUAAUCAGUUCGAAGAAGUAAAGUCGUCGCAGAGUGAUUUAUUUUAGGUGUGGUGCAAUCGUUAGUGAAUGAAAAAUAAUCGAAAAGUUCUCGAUUUAUUUGCGCAUGACCGCAGCAAGUGACAAACGAAAACACAGGUCUUGCCAAAAUUGUUUUGCGCAUCUUUCGGAUCAGAUCAAAGAUACAACAAAUCAAGCGCAAAUUGGACAAAAAUUUUGUUGCAAAUGAAAUUAAAUACAGAAAGAAGCUGCACAAAGGAGCAGGCUAAAUACAGCGAGUAAACAAACUGUCGAAACUAUUUAAGGCGCUCAAAGAAAAUCCAUGUAAAUACAGCGUCCAGAAAAUGUGAGCCAUUCGGUUUGACGCAACAAAGAAGGGAAACAGCGAACAGUUGGGGAAAAAGAACAAUUAACCAAACUGGAAAGCAAACACGAGCGGAAUGUGAAAAGUUUGGACAGAGCGGGAAGUGUAAGACCGAAAUUAAUAUCGAAAUAUCCCAGAAGCCGGCAGGAAAGACCGGGUCCAGGUCCCGGAGGCGGAAGACAAAGCCAUGAAGUUUCGUUUGGCAGCAUUUUGGCUAUUUCUGCUGACAGUCGGCGGCAAUCACAAGCUAUUAAGCCACGUUUCCCCAAUGGGCGUGGCAGCCGAAAAGCAGCCGUUGCACAAAGGAAAUGAGCUGGAAAACGCAAUGAAAUUGCGUGAAGCCCCAAAGCAAUCCCGGGUUAUCGGGGACAUCACGACGACAAUUCAGCCGGACUCGGAUCCGGGCCGAUCAAUUGGCCAUCAGGCGUUGCGACGUGCCAAGGCCCCGCCGCCCAGCUUGGAGCUGCAUUUCAGGCAGAAUCUGAACAAGCUUUUCGCCGGCGAUGAAACCACCCACGUGGGCCACACCAAUGCCACUGACAACACCACGGCCGCAGUUUUGGCCACCGACGAAGGUUCCAGCGAACACGAGCCGUCAACCACUCAUCACCCGGAACGGCGACACGUGGUCCCCGAUAAGCUGCAGUACACCCAGGAGAUCCAGGUGAAGCAGGGCCGGCUCAUGGGCAUCACACGUCGCUUCCAGGUGACCAGCGGGCUGCGCCAGGUGGACCAGUUCCUGGGGCUUCCAUACGCGGAGGCGCCCACCGGAAAUCGACGCUUCAUGCCACCGGGUGCUCCACUACCAUGGCAGGGCUUGAAGAUAGCGCGACAUCUUCCGCCCGUGUGUCCGCAGAAAUUGCCAGAUCUUUCGCCCCACGGCAGUGAAAAUAUGUCCCGGGCUCGUCAUAAACACCUGAGUCGACUGCUCCCUUAUCUGCGGACGGAGAGCGAGGACUGUUUGUAUCUCAAUCUGUAUGUGCCACAUGAAGAGCCUCAAAGCACCCCCAAGCAAUACGCUGUGCUGGUCUAUCUGCACGGGGAGUCCUUCGAGUGGAACAGUGGCAAUCCCUACGAUGGCUCCGUCUUGUCCAGCUAUGGAGAGGUGAUUGUGGUCACCGUCAACUACCGGCUGGGAGUGUUGGGAUUCUUACGGCCGAGCAUCGAUGCGCAUAAUAUAGCGAAUUACGCCCUGCUCGACCAGAUUGCGGCGCUACACUGGAUCAAGGAAAACAUCGAAGCCUUCGGCGGUGACAAUUCGCGUGUCACUUUAAUGGGGCACAGUACGGGGGCGGCGUGUGUCAAUUACCUAAUGGUAUCGCCGGUGGCCUCAGGCCUCUUUCACAGGGCCAUCCUCAUGUCCGGAUCCGCGAUGUCCGACUGGGCCGCCAGCAAUCAGUCCCUGCAAUUGACGAUGCAAAUCGCCCAUGCCCUCGAAUGUCCACUCAACGAGCACGUGGAGGCAGAGGACGACGAUGUCCUGCUCGAUUGUUUGCGCCAUCGUCGCUACCAGGAUAUCUUGCACAUACCAACGGCGCUCACACAAUUUUCAACAUCAUUGGGUCCAAUUGUCGAUGGACAUGUAAUACCAAAUCAACCGUACAAGGUCAUGGGGCAUUAUACGGAGCACUUCAGCCGUUAUGAUUUAUUAUUCGGCAUCACGGAGUCAGAAUCCUAUCACACACUGGCCGCAUUAGCACUCGAGGAAGGAUUACGUGAAAAUGAACGCGAUAAUUUAUUGCGCUUCUAUAUGCAGAGCCGCUUCGAUAUACGCCCCGAUUUGGCAUUGGCUGCCACGCUGAAGAAAUACCAGGACAUGUACAACAAUCCGAUUAAGGCCACUAAUUUGGAGCACCGUGACGUGGUUCUGGACAUACUGUCUGAUGCUCGCGUGGUUGGCCCGCUUCUGCAAACGGGAAUGUUCCACGCGGAUGUCAAUCGGCGCAAUUAUAUGUACGUAUUUGGCCAUAACAGCGCGACGGGACCGUUUGCCCACCUACCGCAUAGCAUUAUGGGCGAGGAAUUGGCGUUUAUCUUCGGGGCUCCCUUGGCCGCCGCAGGUCCCUUUCCCAGUGGCAACUACACGGUGCAGGAAAAGCUGCUUUCCGAGGCGGUAAUGGCAUAUUGGACGAAUUUCGUAAAGACCGGCAAUCCCAAGGCCCCAUGGAAGGGAAUCUUCAUCAAUUCACAUGCCUUGGAGUGGGAUCGCUACGACCUGGAUUGGCCGGAAUUCAAUAGGCGGGCUCAGGCAUAUCUCAAUAUUGGCAUUCCGCCAACAGUGGGCUACAAGUACCGCCAGAUUUAUAUGAAUUUUUGGAACAAAGAGCUCCCGGACGAACUCAACCAGAUAGCGGCCAUUCAGGAGCAGCUCCAGAAGCCCGGGCAAGAGGUGAUUACAGGUCACAUGAGCAAGUACGGGCCGAGGGACCACGGAGCCGAGGACCCUGUGAGGACAUUAAAGCUGCUCCUCCAGGAACCCAGUCUAGCUGGACCAACACAGAGUGGCGAAUCGACAGAAACAGCGGCGGAAAAUAUGUACAAUGCUCCACCCACCUUUGGUCAUGUGCACAAGAUGCAGGGUGGUAGUGAUUUCGAGGACUUGGUGACCUCCACCAACUCACUGGAGAGUGGGGAGGAUCAUCCUCAGGCUCCUCCUGAAACCGUGGCCAAAUCCGAGGCCACGAUGCAACUACUGAUCGCCUUAAUUACCAUUAUAAUAGUUCUCAAUCUCCUGAUUUAUGGAACCUUUUUGUUGCGACAGCGCCGUCGAAGGGCCAAGGCUCUACCUUUUCCGGCUCCUAAAUUGGGCGGCACCAUCCUCAGCUACGAUGGAGCCAAUGAUGAGGAGCUGAAGAGGUGCAGCAAGUCCCGCGACGGAGAUGAUAGUUUCGUCCUGGAGAUGACAAGGAAAUCAAAUACCUAUGAGGCCAUCAAGACAGGUCAGAGAUCGCUGAGUUGCUCUACAGUGGACACCCACACUAAGGUCUGUGAGUGGAUGUCGAGUCAGGAAGCCCCGAAAUCGGGUAGCUUCAACACGGCCACUCCGCCUCCACAACCGAUUUUAUCCGAUGGCAGGCUGAUCAUAUGCCAGGAUAUAGAGGUGGCCGACGCAGCUCUACUCAUCCCCCAACACAUGCACGAGCCGCAGCACUACGAGAUGCUCCUGCAGAGACAACAUUCGGCCCUAACCGAACCGAGUGAUGAAAUCCUCCAGCAGCAAUAUCCCUUGAGGAACCACUCCCAUUCCCAUUCGGAUCCUGUGGACAUGAUCCUAGCUGCUGAUGAGCAGGUCACCAGCUUUGUGCAUGCCGACGAUGUGGACAUCAACGUGACAAGCAGAGAUGACUCCGAUGGUCUGGAGGUUAUACCUUUGACGUCUGCUCAGCAACUAGAGCUUUUGCGUCAGCGUAAUUAUCCCAAAGUCCUGCCCACAGAACAGGAUUUAAUUAACAGCAGCUAUAAGAGAAAUUCCCUGCCGCCACAAAAUUUCAACGCUCCUCUGCCGCCGCCGCGAACCAUUAGCAACACUCUGGGCAGGAGGCGGAGGGACAGCAGCAACAUAACCACUUCGCCACUCCAAGUGGCCAGAGAUUGUGGAGGCGAGGACGAGGACCUUAAGGAGCCCCAAAUCACACAGAACACUCUCAUUGUUGGACCCAUUGUGCCCAAAUCACCCGCCUCCAGUCUCAAGCGAGUGAAGAGAAUGCCAGAGUCUUCGGCAAUGACGGCUCUCAGUGGAUCCUUUCAAUCCUUCGAGGCCGUACCCCCGGCCCACGAAACCACGCCCCCUCAGGGUGGCGAGCGGACCGAGUGCAUUUACGCAAUUAGGCCCAGUCCCGGAAGUUGCAGCUGGGCGGCGCCCAAUGGCGAUUUGUACGCGCAGCCCAUGAAAUCGUCUUCGAGGAACUCGCUCAUUCCCAGGCCCACAAAGCCGGCGGAGUCUCAAUCCCAAGCCACGCCAGCCGGACCAGCUGGGGAAUCUCUUGGAUCAACGGGAAUGGCAACAGCAAGUCGCAUUCCUCAAUUGCAACGCCAGGCUUCCGGCAAGGAUUUGCAAGCAAGAACGGCAACUGACAACACCGCAAAUCCUUUGGGAUGCCAACCGCGAACCGAUUCCACAAUAUCAUCGGGCUCGUCGGCAUCCUAUGCCUCGACCACGGACUCCUCCUCCUCCUCAUCCACUGGAACCGUACGCACCGAGCUGCAGCAAUUCCAGCCAGCUCCCGGCAGAAGUAUUACAACCAAUAUAUAGAAACUCCAGGGAGCGGCUGCCAAGAAUCCUUCAGGACUUUCAGGACUUCCCGCCGUGCCCGCAAUGCGGCGACAGACAGCUGCCUGCCUAGUCCCCUCCAGUAUUUGUCCGGAUCCCAACUCUCCGGUUUCCUCUGGUCUGAAAUUUUACGGGGUCUGCGUAAAUUUAAUAAUACAUUUUGGUGUAAAGUUUAUCUUUGACUUGGCGGCAUAGCCAAGUGGUUAGAGCUCGACUGCUGGCCUUCUGGCUUUGUGUGAGCAAAGUUUCUGCCGGCGUAAAUUAGUUAAGAAAAUUGCAGUGGAGGUUUCCCUGGAGAUUGCAGCGAAGGUUCGCCGUAUCGAUAUAAGCAGCGAUUCCCGUAAGGGAAACUAAUUUCCUAGAGAAUAUUGCACAGCUAAGUCGCUUCAGCAAGUUAUUUGAAAUUGAUUACAAGAAACAUUACAUAGUUUCACUUUUCUGAAAUUUUACCAACUAAAAUACGAGUACUAGGAAUGGUAAUAGAUUAAAUGCCAUAUUUCAUUGCAUAGCUUGAAAAAGUUGUAUGUUUGUAUCAUAUAAAUGGAGUGCGAUUAGCUUGAUAGUUUGUAUAUAGAACAAAAGUCGAUUUGUAAUUAUGUAUUCAUUUUUUUUUAACAAAAUCAUAACAAGCGUAUACAAAAACAAGGGAUGAUGAAAGAGCAAAUAGCUAAAAUAUUUUAAAAUAUUACUGAGCGCAAGUGUAAUGGGCUUAACUGUAAGCUUCUCUAGUAGUCGAUUAAUCGAAAUUAGCCACAGUAUUUAAUAUACUUUUUUAACAACUAUAAUAUAACAAAAUAUGUUAAGGAAAAUUAAGGUAAAAUAUUCCCAUUAUUUAAGCUGAAGAACAAGGGACUCAAAUAUUGUUUAAUGAAUGCCCAGAAUAUCAAGUAUUAUAAGAUAAAGAUUUUCAUUGUGUGGUAGGAUGAACACUCAUAAGGCCCACGAAGCAUACGAAGAAGCAUACGAUCAUAUCCCCGUUAGGAAUAAGUAUAUCAUUGCUAUCUCGCUCUUACUUAUAAGCUAGCAUUAAGAGAUAAGAAUGUACACCUAGCUCACUCUCUCUUUUGAGAGAGCAUAAGAAAAGAGGAAUACGCGAGACGCGGCAUUCGGUGGCGUGAGCUUGAAGGGAGAAGUCGAAUAAAGAGAUUGUGAAGUU